GGUCUAGGCAGAUGUUCCCUCAGAUGAAGUUCCGAGUGAGUGGAUUGGACGCCAAGGCAAAGUACAUGCUACUGCUGGACAUCGUGGCGGCCGACGACUACAGAUACAAGUUCCACAACAGCAGGUGGAUGGUGGCGGGGAAGGCCGACCCGGAAAUGCCGAAGAGGAUGUACAUCCAUCCGGACUCGCCGAGCACGGGCGAGCAAUGGAUGCAGAAGGUUGUCAGUUUCCACAAACUCAAGCUCACCAACAACAUCAGCGACAAGCACGACUUUGUAAGUAUUGUACGUACCGACAACCAAACAAUUACUUACUUACUAGCCACUAAGUUCCCGGAGCUCCGAGUCUCGCAAUUAAUCGCCUAA